GCGGCGCUUUGCGGCGGGCGGCGGUUGUGGCGGCGGGCGGCCAUGCUUCUCACCGUGUUCUGCCUGCGCCGCGACCGCAGCGAGCUCACCUUCUCCCUGCAGGUGGACGCCGAUUUCGAGCUGCAGAACUUCCGCGCGCUCUGCGAACUCGAGUCCGGCAUCCCGGCAGCCGAGAGUCAGAUUGUCUAUGCGGAGAGGCCUCUCACUGACAACAACAGAUCCCUGGCCUCCUAUGGCUUGAAAGAUGGAGACGUGGUGAUUUUACGACAGAAAGAGACCAUAGAGCCACGGCCCUCGAUCCGUUUCCCAGCCCUGCCAAGGAUCGACUUCAGCAGCAUUGCGGUUCCUGGGACGUCGGCUCAGCAGCGUCAGCCACCAGCACAGCGCCUUCGCCCGUCGCCUCCCGAUGCGCCUUUGUUCCCUCAGGGUUUGGAAAACCCAGCAUUGCUACGGGAGAUGCUGCUGGCCAAUCCCCACGAGCUGUCCCUGCUGAAGGAGCGCAAUCCGCCCUUGGCAGAGGCGCUGCUCAGUGGAGACCUCGAUAAAUUUACCAGGGUACUGCUGGAGCAACAGCAGGACCGAGCCCGACGGGAACAAGAGAGGAUCCGACUGUAUUCAGCUGACCCUUUUGAUCUUGAGGCACAAGCCAAGAUAGAAGAAGACAUAAGGCAACAAAAUAUUGAAGAAAAUAUGACGAUAGCAAUGGAAGAGGCGCCCGAGAGCUUUGGCCAGGUGGUGAUGCUUUAUAUUAACUGUAAAGUCAAUGGACAUCCAGUGAAAGCUUUUGUUGACUCAGGUGCCCAGAUGACCAUUAUGAGCCAAGCUUGUGCUGAAAGGUGCAACAUAAUGAGGCUGGUGGAUCGGCGGUGGGCUGGCAUUGCUAAAGGUGUAGGCACUCAGAAGAUAAUUGGCAGAGUGCACUUAGCUCAGGUUCAGAUCGAAGGGGAUUUCCUGGCGUGCUCUUUCUCCAUCCUCGAAGAGCAGCCCAUGGACAUGCUUCUCGGACUGGAUAUGCUUAAGAGGCAUCAGUGUUCCAUUGAUCUCAAGAAGAAUGUGCUGGUGAUUGGCACGACUGGCUCACAGACCACUUUCCUCCCAGAGGGUGAGCUCCCGGAGUGUGCCAGGCUGGCUUACGGGACUGGGCGAGAAGAUGUGCGGCCAGAGGAGAUUGCAGACCAGGAACUAGCAGAAGCAAUACAGAAGUCUGUAGAGGAAGCAGCAAAAUCUGUCUGCACGAAGGCAUUUGGGCAUGCUUGCUGUUGAGUUUGUGCUCUUCUUGCAACAUUUCUAGCAGCUCUGAUACCUUGGUCUUCAAAGAUAAGUGGUUGUCUCUGGCACCCAUUCACCUGGUUUGAAUUGCUGUGCAGCAGGUACACAACUCAGUUAUGUUUGUUCUAGCAGCCUCGCAUAAGGGCAGUACGGAGGUGACUUUCAUCAAUCUGAUUCUUAACAGAUACAGCACACAAAAACAAACGAGCCCUAGCAGUAAGUACAGAUCUUAGUACAUGAGGAAUAGCAGUCUCAGCAACUACUCGAGUCUCACGUGUGCAGUGUCUGAGACUGCGUCAGUGUCUGAUUGCUGCCCCUCUGCUGAGGAGCUGUAAUGUAGCAGUGCUGUUAACUUGCAGCUUAUGCCCAACCAAGACAGCACAAGUUCACGGCAGUUUUUAGAAACAUGCAAAACACUUUGCCAUGCUUAAGCUGAUAAAAUUGGUUUUCUAAAUGAUUUUCUUGCUAAUUUUUAACUGUAGCAUGAUUAAAAAUCAAAGUCUGAUAACUGUGUGUGCAUGCACAUAGUGAGAGAAACAUAACAAAGUUAUAGUGCACUGUUUUUUUUUUUUCUUUACUGCUUACCACUUGCUGCUUGAUUGUCCAAAGUGUAAUCAGUGAUGUUUUCUUUUUUUUUGCAAAUAACCAGUUGGCUUACAUAAGAAGAGCACACAUCCUUUUGAAUUAUUUUCUUCUAUUUUAGGCAUGUAAGCUUCCCACAGAUAGAAAAGCUCCAGAGGAAGGCCAGACUUGAGUAUACCAGCAAGAAAUGAGUUACGUUUUGACUUUCUAAGCCAGUCUUUGAAUGCUUAUUAAUUUAACUUCCAGCAAGUAAAGAGGAUAAAUAGAAAUUUGUCCUUUCUCUGCCGAGUUUUGACAUCCCUAGAGGUCAGGCUCGUUGGAUUGGGCUCAUGUCUCUUCACAUAACCUGGAAAAUGUGGAGAUCAGCUCUUCUCCAGUUAAAAUUGCAGGCAUUGGAGUUGGUAGGACUUAGUACUCUGGUGAAAGGAUCAGUCAGAAAGCAGACCUCUUCAUCUGAAACAAUGUGUCUCUGUAAUUAUAGCAUUUUAGGCGAGUGCUUUGAGAUGAGAAGUGUCUAAAAUGACUUAAAGCUGCUUAUAUACCAAUACAGUUCUAAAAGCAAAGAGACUUUUUGCUCAGGCUGAUCAGCAGUCUACCAUUUCCAUUGCUAGAGAGCGCUGGAGAAACUUAAAAGGUUUAUGACAAUAGGAAAUUGAUUUUGUAUGCUUACUUACCUGUGGAACAGUAAUGCACAAAAUUAAGGUAGGUCUUGUUUAGAUGGACUAUAUGCAAGCCUUGGGCCUCUUACAAGCCUUUGGUUUGCAGGAAUCUUGUUAGCUGUAUUCUGAGAUGUCAAAAUGUGAACUCAGACCCUCUUGCUCUCUUCCAAAACUAUUAACUGCUGCUAGAUGGCACCAGAAAAAAGCGAGAGAAAGGCCUGUAAACAGGAGAGAGGGAGAAAGAGAGCAGCAUCAAGGAACCUCAGCUUCCCACAAGGCCCGUGAUCUUCCAUAGCAGCUCGAGUGAUACAGAAAUCACUCUGUAGGUCUGCAGGCGAUCAGAGUUCUCAAGAGCUUAUCCCAUGUGCAGCUUCUCAUCCAGGCAGCCUUGAUGUAAGAAAAGCAUCGCCUUUCGUAUGUGACUCAGACUUUUCCUGAUACAGAGAGGAAUCUAUCCCUGAUGAUGCACUUUGUGGAGAGGAGUUUGUUCCUGGUGUUAGCUGGAUGGUAUCCUUGGUGAGGCUGGGAUUCAGCUCCUUUGGGAAGAGGAUGACAGUGAGUCUCAGCAAGAGCUGAGAAGUGCUUGGCAGCAUACCAGCUGCUUCUACCAUUGGAGUGGCUGUGACUCCCUGAUGACCCUGAAUACAGAGUGAAAAGACCAUUCUGUUUCCUCUCUGAGGUACUGGCUUGGAAGAGAGCUCAAACAUAGUACUGCUGCAUAGAAAAAGAUCUGUUGUUUUCAUCUGUAUUCUGUGUCUCAAGCCUCUUUGCCACCCAUGUCAAAGAUGAGCAGUCUGAAAAUGUGCAGGAUAAUGCUGGAUUUUAAAUAUGCCAACAUUGUCAAGUUGUUGUAGCUUCAUUAAAGUCAGACGUGCAACCAAGAGAAAAGAUUGCUCUGGUACACAGUGCAGCAGCAGGCGCACAGCGUGUAUCGAUGGGAGGUGUGGUACCGCAGCAUUCAGUACACUGUUCGUAUCCCAUGGAGAACAAAAGAAGCAAGUACCUGAGGUGAAAAAGGUUGACUUCUUCCGUGACACGGAACAGGAGGCACGUCCUGGCUGUACGUGAGCAGGGUUAGUGCUCUCCAGUACUCCUGGAUAUCUGUAAAAAGAGAAGGACUUGAGGUUAAGCGGUUGUAUAUGCUUGGGACCUUUGAGUUUGGAGACCUUUGGGAGGGAAGGGGAGCAUAUGCAACAAAUCAUCCAGCACAAUCUGAACAGCUGUUUGAGUAUACGACACAGAACAGAGUAGAACUUUAAUGGAAGAAUGGAUGCUCUUUCAGCAAAGGUCAAGUUGGUGAUUUGACAACAACAUGAGAGCUGAUAUGUUAGCAAGACUAGACCAUUAGCAAGAUACGCUCACUUCUUCAGUCUAGCUUGAUGCCUAGACCCAGUGUGUAGUGGUCUGUAGCGGUCUGCAAUUAAUCUGUCCUCCAUGUGGAGUAGGAAGCAGUGAGCUUUUUGACUUCUGGCUGUCUAUUUCUUUGCUUUGUUCUUCAGUGCCUCAGGAAGCAAUUCCUUUUUGGGAUUUCUGCCCUAUGAUCUUUGUUUCCCACUUGCAGCAAGCUGAUGUUUGCUCAUCUUCUCUUGCCUGUGCUGGCAUGAUCCCCUGCAGGGCAGUAGCAGCUGGGAGUGUGGUCUGAGAUGCCAUUUCAUGUCUUGUUUCACUGAAGCAUGUCUCCUGAAUGUGGCUGUACAGGGAACAAACAAGCACACUAGACAUCUUCCCUGUGCUGCAAAUAUGUUGUCAGGUGUGGGUGUCGCUCGCAGACCGCUCUGCAGUGUACGUAAUGCAGAACAACCUUUCAACUGUUCUUCAGCAGGGCUGUUUUUGACCUGAUAUAGAGAAUUGCCUGGGCAGACCUGCUGUUGGAAGCUGGGGAACGUGAGGAGCCCCUGCUGCUCAUGUGCUGUCUUCAUGGAUGGUUGGGAGGGGAGCUGCAAUGUUGCAGGACUAUAACCAUGCAUGUCUUGUGCUCUGAAUGCUAACACGAGUUUGGUGUGUUUGUUUCCUAAUCCAAACAGAACGUCAGAAGCCUUGAUGCAUGUAGUGUGUGUUUACUGCAGCUGGAGUGGGCCACAGACCAGGUAUUUAUAGACAUCAGUUCAUAAGCUUUCACUACAACGUUCACACUACUCGCAGCAAGACCAUCCUCCCUCUGAGCUCCUAGGGUGAAACCCACGUGAUGUGAAGUUACCAACCUGUUUAAGAGUGUGAGAGAACAUCCUGCUUUGCUUGGCCAAAGGCAGCAAACCUGGGUUGCAUGUAUGAGGAAAGGUGGGGCCCUCUGCUCAUGCAAAGGAGAGCCCUGUGACUCUGACCUUCCAUCCCGUGCUUUCCAAGCAAUGUUUGUUUCUGUUGCCUCAGCCUCAGCCUCAGUUGAGCAGAGGCAAUGAAUUCUUUGACAGUUCAGGGAACUGAUACGCAACACGUACACACAUACACACAGAAACAAACCACUGGAACCUGCUCCAAAACUUAUGUCCUAAUAUAAGUUUGCAGUGGAUCUGAUGAGCUUAAAUACCACCGUGCUGUUAGAUGGGUAUUUGUGUACUGCUUUCUCGAAGCGGCGUACUGGUGAAUGCAGCCAUUAUGUUACAGCUUCCCCAGGUAAUUUCAUAUCCACAGUUUCAGUUCAAGCUGACUUCAUACGAACGAUGUUUGCUGACCUCUGGAUAUCUUGUUUUCUAAUCAUCAUGUGCCUUAACAUGCUGGAGAAGAAAAACUGCUUCUCUGGAUGCCUUUUGCUGCCAUUGUUGUAGCUGCACUGAUUAAGCAGAUGUAAAAGUAAUGAGGUUUUUAAGCCUAUGGUCUUGAUUUAAAGAGAAGGUUAUGGCUAAUAGAAAUAGGCUAAAAGAAAACCUAAACUUAUUUUUAGCUUGUGCAAGCCAUCUAUGAAGCACCCCUAUGUAGUACUGUGCACAAGCAUCCCACUGAAGCCUGCUCUCUAUAUUGCAAAGAGGAAUUUAGAUCUUGCUCUGCUAUGAAAAAUAAACAGGGAUGUUGGGAUUUCAUCAUCUUCUCAGUGAUAUAAUUGCUCACUUUGAAGUUUAAAUAUCCCCUAAUUGUGAGCUCUCUAAUUACCCUAGAACUGGCUUUUUGUCUUUUGUUGUCAGUAAUGAAUUGUCUGCAGCUGGAAUGUAGUUCUGGAUUUACACUUGCUUAUUCUCAGAGCACUUGGGACUGUCCAACAACUUCUUGCAGUAACUAGUGUUAUAAAUAGAGUGGUGCUCUGGUUAGUGAUGCCCAAGUGGAGGUAAUAUGCCAAGCUGAUACGUGAACUGUUGUUUUAGCUUCUAUUCUAAAGGCAUGGAUACGUGAAAGCUGCUGUAGGGAGCCUAUUUUGUAGGGGGUUGGACUUGAUGAUCUCUAGAGGUCCCUUCCAACCCUUACAGUUCUGUGAUUCUGUGGAAAUAGUGCUGUUUCUGUGUCCUAACUACUUUUUUUUUUUCUUUUUUUU